AUGAGGAUCACUGUAAUGACUUCUGAUGAGCAAAUAAGUUCUUUGGAUGUCGAUCCCAAUGAAACUGUUGAGAACAUAAAAGCAUUGCUGGAGGUGGAGACUCAGGUGCCUCUCCAGCAACAACAAUUGUUGUAUAAUGGCAGAGAGAUCAGGAAUGAUGAGAAAUUGAGUGCUCUGGGUGUUAAAGACGAUGAUUUGAUAAUGAUGGUUUCGAAGGCACAAGGCCCCGGUUCACAAGGCAUGAGCUCCCGUUCCAAUGUCCCUUCGGAGAAUGCUGCAGCCUUUCAAGAGCAUGUUCGGCGUGAUCCAAAUUUAAUGUCCCAACUGUUUCAGGCUGACCCUGAACUUGCACAACUCGUUCUUGGGAAUGAUCUCAACAGACUGCAGGAGCUGUUGAAGCUACGCCAGAGGCAAAGAUCUGAGUUACACCUUCAGCAAGAGGCUGAACUUGCACUGCUUGAGGCUGAUCCUUUUGAUGUUGAGGCUCAAAAGAAAAUUGAAGCUGCCAUUCGCCAGAAAGGCAUUGAUGAAAAUUGGGAAGCAGCUCUGGAGUACAAUCCUGAAGCUUUUGCUAGGGUGAUUAUGCUGUACGUGGAUAUGGAGGUCAAUGGUGUUCCUCUGAAGGCAUUUGUUGAUAGUGGCGCUCAAUCAACAAUAAUAUCGAAAAGCUGUGCUGAAAAAUGUGGAUUGCUGAGGCUUUUAGAUCAGCGCUACAAAGGCAUUGCGCAUGGUGUUGGUCAGUCAGAGAUAUUGGGCCGAAUACAUGUAGCUCCAAUCAAGAUCGGUAAUAUAUUCUAUCCUUGCUCCUUCAUGGUGCUGGAUUCUCCCAACAUGGAAUUUCUCUUUGGGCUUGACAUGCUCCGCAAGCACCAGUGCAUUAUAGAUUUAAAGGAGAAUGUUCUACGAUUAGGUGGUGGCGAAGUUUCAGUACCAUUUUUGCAAGAGAAAGACAUCCCAUCUCGUUUCUUGGAUGAGGAAAGAUACUCCAAAGAAGCAUCUAGCUCUGGAAACCCGGCUGUACAAGCAGCAUCAAACAAGAAGAGUGAUGCUCCAGUAGUAGGAUCAUCAUCAUCUGGACCUGCUAGCGGCAAUGUGAUGCAGGGCCCUGAUUUUGAGGCCAAAGUAGCAAAACUCGUGGAACUUGGGUUUGGUAGAGAAGCUGUGAUACAAGCUCUUCAACUGUUUGGAGGGAAUGAAGAACAAGCUGCUGGAUUCCUCUUUGGUGGCUAA